AUUGAAUUUCUGCCAGGUUUCCCGUUGAAGCAGAGCAAGAUCAUGGAUUUCUUCCAGAUCGAGAAGGGCGCGGAGGGCGGCGCCGUCGGGCUGGCAAAGUGCACGCUUUCUCAGGAUGCUAAGAGGCAAAGGAGGCGAUCUCUUGAUAUGCACAAGCAGAAGAGGAGGCUACUGCCAUUUGUGCUCACUGAAGAUAGAGUUCGAAGGCUUGAACAGAUGGCUUCUGCUGCCACUGCAUUGACAUCUUCGAAAAUGGAGUUCAGUAAUGAGCUGACUUUUGUGUCCAGUAUGGCCCCUAUAUCUGUCAAUCAAGCAAAGCUGAAGCAAGGUGGUAUGCAGGUUCUUUCAAAAGAGGACAAAGAAGCCAUCGAACUUUGCAGAAGCAUGUUGAAAAGAGGAGAAUGCCCUCCACUUCCGGUGGUUUUUGAUUCCCAUGAGGGCUUCACUGUGCAGGCAGAUGCAUAUAUUAAGAGCAUCUCCACUCUCGCCCCUGAACAUGCUCUCAGGGCGCCUUUUUUAGCGUCGGCG